AUGGAUAAAAGUUGGAUACUUCUUAGGAAUAGGGCAUUACCAGAAUACUUGAAUGGCGUGGAACAAUUUUUAAACUUUGCAUUUUCAAAUCCUAAUGUUGGUUUAAGAAUUCAAUGUCCGUGCACUAACUGUAACCAUGUGCGUAGGAAAAUACGAGAAGAAGUGAAAAUAGAUUUACUUAGGUGGGGUAUAGAUCCAACAUAUAAUAGGUGGAUUCAUCAUGGUGAGUCAGAUUCAUCUUCAGAUGAUGAAAUAAAUUCUAGUGCAAAUUCAGAUUUAGGAAAUGAUGAUGAUGCCACUUUCGAGAUGUUGCAUGACAUGUAUCACGGUGUUCCUAUAGAUAAUAUAACUCAUUAUCCGUCUGAUGAGUCGGCUGAGUCUAGAUAUGAAGAACCUAAUGCAGAAGCUAAGAGUUUUUAUCGGUUGUUAAAGGAUGCAGAGCAGAAGUUAUAUCCAGAUUGUGAAAAGUUCUCGAAGCUCUCUUUUGUAAUGCGUCUUUUUCAAAUGAAGUGCUUGCAUGGUUGGAGUAAUACUUCAUUAGACUCUUUGUUAAAACUAUUAAGUGAUGCUUUUCCCAAAGGACAUGUGCUCCCUAAUUCUAUUUAUGAAGUUCAAAAGAUUAUUAAAGAUUUGGGUCUAGAUUAUAUGAAAACAGAUGCUUGUGUUGAUAAUUGCAUCUUGUAUAGAAAGGAAUAUGAGGAUCUGAAGCAAUGCCCUGAAUGUGGUGAGAAAAGAUGGAUAGUACGAAAAGGAGAAGAUGACACUGAAGUUGCUUCAAGUAAUUUGAAUAAGAGAAAGAAAGGAAUUCCUAGAAAAAUUCUUAGAUACUUUCCUUUGAUACCAAGAUUACAACGGUUGUUUAUGACUAAACAAACCGCAGAAGAUAUGAGGUGGCAUAAAAAUAAACGAGUUGAUGAUGGAGUACUAAGGCAUCCAGCUGACUCACUGACAUGGAAAACUUUUGAUGAGAAACAUUUGGAUUUUGCAUCAGAUCCACGUAAUGUAAGACUUGGACUUGCUUCAGAUGGUUUUAAUCCUUUUGGUUCCAUGAGUAAUGCCUACAGUAUGUGGCCAGUAUUCUUGAUUCCGUAUAAUCUACCCCCGUGGCUAUGCAUGAAACAAUCUAAUAUUUUGUUAUCCUUGCUUAUUCCUGGCCCUAAAAGCCCUGGUAUGAAUAUAGAUGUGUAUCUCCAACCUUUGGUUGAUGAUUUGAAAAAAUUAUGGGAGGAUGGAAUUGAGACUUAUGAUGCUUUUAAGCAACAAAAUUUUCAAUUGCGUGCUUCUUUAUUGUGGACAAUUAAUGACUUUCCUGCAUAUGGCAUUUUGUCCAGUUGGAGCACAAAAGGUAAAUUCGCUUGUCUUGUUGUGACGACCCGGUCUGUCGUCACGUGA